AUGGUCGGACACGAGAGAACUCGUGCCAAAUGGGCGACCGCGUUUACUCCAGAAGAGAUUGCCGCCAACCUUCCCCCAAUGCUAGACUUGACAAUCGAGAACAUCACGGAAAAUGUGAUGAAGAUAAACUCAAUAUGUGACAAUCCUAGGCUUCGGUAUCUUGUGUUGAAACUGGUUCAGGCCGCCCAUGACUAUGUCCGCGAGGUCGGUCUGCAGUUUGAUGAAUGGGAGCAAGCAUGGCAAUUCCUGACCAAAGUCGGCCAGAUCUCGACUGAUGUGCGUCAUGAAUUUGUGCUCUUAUCCGAUAUUCUGGGCAUCUCUGCGCUAGUCGAUGCCAUCUCUUAUCCCGCUGUUCCCGGUGCCACCGAGUCCUCCAUCCUCGGCCCUUUCCAUGACGAGGAGGCUCACUCGUUUCAGUAUGGAGAAUCCAUUGCCUCUGUAGGGACUGCGGGCGAGCCUACCAUUGUGCGAGGGUUUGUCAAAGAUACUGAAGGCAACGCCGUUCCUAACGCCUUGAUUGAUGUAUGGGAGACCGACGGCAACGGCGUCUAUGAUCUAGAGUACGACGGACAGGAGGAACCCAAUUGCCGGGGGAAGCUAUUCACAGAUGGGACCGGACAUUAUCUAUUCUCUUGUGUCAAGCCAGUUGCGUAUCCCGUCUCAAACGACGGACCGGUCGGUGAACUUUUGAGAAAGCUGAAACGUCACUGGUAUCGUCCUGCUCAUAUGUCCCGGGACAGUAGCUUCGGAGUACAAAAGAGCUUGAUCGUGGAUUACACAUGGUGUGAGGACCUGGAACUGGCCAAGCAACACAAUGUGAACCCAGUCACCAAGACAAUUGAGGGACAAGAGUCGAAAGGGUUCUGGCUACUGGAACGAGACUUUAUCCUUGUCAAGAAGAGUGCGCCUGCACCCCAGAAAACGCAGGAUUAG